AUGUCCUCUCUAAUUAACAAGCCUUUCCCAGCCGGUGACUUCUCUUUCCAAUACAUUACUGUUGGUCCAGAAGAUUUCGAAAAGGGUCACGAAUGUAAGCUACCCCUAACUGUCUCUUGGGAAAAGUUCAUCAAGGACAACAAGACUGUCGUCAUCACCGGUGCUCCAGCUGCUUUCUCUCCAACUUGUUCCAUCUCCCAUAUUCCAGGCUACUUAACUUACGCCGAUGAAUUGGUCCAUGACAAGCAUGUUGACCAAAUCGUUGUCUUAACUGUCGACACCCCAUUCUCCCAACAAGCUUGGGCUAAGGAGUUAGGUCUAAAGAACACCGCUCAUAUGAAAUUUGCUUCCGAUGCUGGUUGCAAGUUUAUCAAGUCUCUAGGCUUUGAAUUGCAAGUUGCUGACGGUGUCAACUGGUCCGGUAGAUGGGCCAUCGUUGUAAAGGACGGUAUUGUCACUUACGCUGCCAAGGAAGAAAAUCCAGCUUCUGAAGUUACUGUUUCCUCAGUCGAAAGUGUUCUAGCUCAUUUGUAA